AUGGCGUUAUUGGCAGAUUCAACUGCGGAACCUGCACCGCUUCCGUUAAGCGGCUGCGUCGUAUCCAUGAGCGGUGCACUACCUGGCCGAAGAACACAGGCCGGCAUAGAACGAGAUUACCUCCAAGUUCUAGGUGCAUCUCUAUCGAAGGAGGUUACUCGUUCCACGACACAUUUAGUCUCUAGUGAGGCAUACUACAAGCGACAUUUCCCCAAAGUUCUACAGGCGCAGGAGUACGGUAUUCCAAUUGUCACAUUUUACUGGUUGGAAGAUUCCCUUAAACAUAACAAGCGCAUGGACGAAGAGGAUUAUCACUUCAAUUCAUCGGCCCCAAAAUCGCUUACCGACAACUGUCAAAAACGACAGCUUCCAGACGACAAUGAGAACAACGACGACGGAUCACGAGCUAAAAGAGCUCAGUCUACUAAAGCUGAAUUGAUGAGGGAGAAUGUCAAGGUUGGCGAAGCACAAAUAGCCAAAACACGAAACGUUACUGUUCCUCUAGACGAAGGAGCUGAACAUGACCUCCCCGGUUAUGAGGUUUAUAUCGACAAAAACGGGGUUAUCUAUGACGCCUCAUUAAACCUUGCGUCAAACUCCAGUAACAUGAACAAGUUCUACAGACUUCAACUUCUUCGCUCCAUUGGCAAUAAGUUCUAUUGCAGAGUCCGAUGGGGAAGAGUUGGAGUUCGAGGAACUACUAAGGUUCACGGUGAUGGUACUGAGGGAGAAGCUCGCUAUCACUUUAACGCAAAGUUCCAAGACAAAACCGGUCUUGGUUGGGUGAAUCGUGCACACCCCCCACGACCCAAGAAGUAUAUCUUUAUUGAAAGAAGCUACGACAUGGAAAGGGAGGAAGAGCCUGACGAUCAAGUCGGGCAGAAGUCUCACUUGGCCAAGCCCGUACAAGAGCUGAUGAAGUUGAUAUUCAACCAACACUUCUUUGCAGCGACAAUGGCUGAGCUCAAUUACAAUUCUACUAAGCUACCUUUGGGCCAGCUCAGCAAGUGGACGAUCACGCGAGGAUACGAAGCCUUAACGAACCUAUCCGCCCUUCUCAAUAACCCGUGUCUUGCUACCACUCAACAUCACACGACCUUUGACUCAGCCGUAGAAGAAUUAUCUAACUUAUACUUCUCGCUGAUUCCUCACGUCUUUGGGAGGAACAAACCUCCCAUCAUCAAGGAUCUGGCAUUGCUCAAAAAAGAAAUAGAACUUCUUGAGAGCUUGUCAGAUAUGAAAGAUGCUCAAUUGCUGAUGAAGGAGAAGGAGAAGGAUAAGCUUCAUCCAACGGACCAGCAGUUCAAUAGCCUGGGACUAGACGAAAUGACUGUCCUGGACAGUCACAGCCAGGAAUUCCUUGAAUUAAAGGAUCUCCUCCUUAAGACCCAAGGUGCAACGCACCAGGUCAACUACGAGAUCUCGCAGAUCUUUAGGAUCUCGCGACAAGGAGAAAAGGAGCGUCUUGAGGGUACAUACAGCCCUCCCCAAAAUAGACGACUCCUUUGGCACGGUUCGAGAUGCACCAACUUUGGUGGCAUCCUCUCGCAGGGAUUGAGAAUCGCACCUCCCGAAGCUCCCGUGAACGGUUACAGUAUGUCAUUAUUUCUUCUUGAUUCUCCUUUGUUCGGGAAAGGUGUAUACCUAGCAGAUACUUCCAGCAAGUCAGCAAAUUACUGCUGCCCUGGUAGUAGUAACGGCCACGCCCUCUUAUUAUUAUGCGAAGCCGAGCUGGGUAAUGUCGUGCAGCCAGCCAUGAGCUACGCACCGUACGCUGCGGAAACAGCAAAGGCUAACGGGUUCAUUUCGACCUGGGGACAAGGCCGAAAUGUCCCCGCGCAAUGGAAGGACGCUGGAUGUAUACAUCCGUCCUUGAAGGGCGUCAAAGUGCCCGACACUCAAGGCAUGGUCGGGACAAACAUCCCAUCCUCUCUUAUAUACAACGAGUAUAUAUGCUACGAUGUGGCUCAGGUGCGUCUCAGGUACCUUUUCCGGAUCCGGAUGUAGGACCAUCCUGUCCAAUAAGGACCUGGCGACUCCCUUCGACCCUCGACUAAGAUCUGGGGCAAAUCUCCUCAGCUUUGGGCGGCUGGUAUGUCCGAGCCAGCCUCAGCCGAUUCUAC